UUGAAGAGAGAGAAAAAUAGAGAGGCACUGUGAUGUGUCGGUGAAUUAUUUUUGGUUUUCCUCACGAAACCGACUUUUGAGGAAUAAAACUAACAACCAUAUCAAACCAACCGCAUAAUUCUCUCAUGGACGGCGGCGGCAGCGGAGCAGCGAGAGUCUCGAGCCGGCGGCGGAGCGACAAGCCGUAUAAAGGCAUCCGGAUGCGCAAGUGGGGGAAGUGGGUGGCCGAGAUAAGGGAGCCCAACAAGCGAUCUAGAAUCUGGCUCGGCUCCUACUCCACCGCCGUCGCCGCCGCGCGUGCCUACGACACCGCCGUGUACUACCUCCGUGGCCCCACCGCUAAAUUGAACUUCCCCGACCAAAUCGCCGCGGUCGGCGGCGCCCUCAACGACCUAUCCGCCGCCUCCAUAAGGAAGAAGGCGGCCGAGGUCGGCGCCAGAGUCGACGCCGCCGCCAAUCCUCAGUCGUUGAAACAGUCUUGGUUUCAUGAAGAGAUAGAUCUGAACAAGCAACCCGAACCCGAACCCAAGCCCAAGCCCAAGCCCGAAGACUCCGGGCUUGACUACUAUAGCUCAUAGUAAUUGUAAUUGUAAUUGUAAUUGUUACUACUACAAAUAACUUUUUUUUUUAUUACUUUUUUUUAAUAUUUAGGGAAGGGUUGUGAUGAUAACAUGCACCUCGUAGACCGUAGUUGAGUAAUCUGUUUAGAUUUAAUGUUUUAAGAUUUUUGUAUAUUAUUAGUAGAUUUUGAUUUUUUAAUUUUGGUA